CUUGACCCUUUAAUGGCGCGGGGGAAGGGGAAGAAGAAGGAAGAAGAAGACACUGAAAUCAUAAACCCAGAAACGUUGGAGCGCAAGAAGCUCAAAUCCUUGGCCUUUUCCAACCACAUUCUCUCGGAGACUCCUGCUAACAGCUCCGUUCUACUCAAACCUUCCUCCGUCGUGGCCAAGCACCACGGCAAAGACAUCAUCAAGAAGUCUCAGAGGAAGAGCAGCAGGUAUCUCUUCUCUUUCCCAGGGCUAAUUGCUCCCCUUGCUGGUGGCAAGAUCGGUGACCUUAAGGAUUUGGGAACCAAAAACCCUGUUCUCUACCUCGAUUUUCCCCAGGGUCAAAUGAAGCUUUUUGGGACCAUUGUAUAUCCAAAGAACAGAUACUUGACUCUGCAGUUCCCUAAAGGUGGAAAGAGUGUAAUGUGUGAGGACUAUUUUGAUAACAUGAUUGUAUUUUCGGAUGCAUGGUGGAUUGGGAGGAAAGAUGAAAACCCUGAAGAAGCCAAACUGGAUUUUCCUAAGGAAUUCUAUGAGGGGCAUCAAGCUGAAUAUGACUUUAAAGGGGGUGCUGGUGCAGCUUCUGUAGUCAAUCAAGGGGUUCCUAGAUCCAGGAUUCAACAUGCAGAACCAGAGUCACCAAAGACACCCUCUGAAAAUGAAUUGUCUGACAGUGAACUAAAUUUCGAAGAUACAAAGGAAUCGGGUCCAUCCCGGCACUCAACAAGAACUGCAGGAAAAUCAUACAAAUUUGCUGAGGUUUCGUCCAGUGAUGAUUCUGGUGAAAACAGCCCUGACAUUUCUGAUCACGAAGAGAAAGUGGAAGAAGUUGAUACUGCUGUAAAUGAUCAUAAUAGCUCAAAGAAAGAAACUGUAGUUUUUGACCUUGAUAAGGAGGAUCAUGCACCGGGACAUCCACUCAACCAAGAAAAUAAUGAGUCAGUGUCUCAAUCUACUUCAGUCAGUGCAUCUACUAAAGUUAAGUCCAGUAAUCGUGGUUCCCUUGUCCAGGCUACUAUAUCCACAUUAUUCCAGAAAGUGAAUGAAAAGAAGACUACAAGAAGUUCAAGGAAAUCUCCAUCAUCAAAAGCUUCUGGCCAAAAGUUGCAGCCUGCUGGUUCAAAACGAAAGAUUGAUCUGGAUGAAGGACCCAAGAAAAGGGGAAGAAAGCCUAGGAACAAAACUACUGGUGAAAAAAUCAAGGCAAAAAGCAAGCAAUCCGAUGAUGAAGAUGAUGAUGACAUUGAAGAAAUUUCAAAUGCUUCAGAGGAUAAUGGAAGUGAUGAAGAGUGGACUGCUUGACCAUAAUCUAAGUUGUGGUUGCUAGGCACAAGAAAUGACAAGGCAAGGUCAUGCAAGUGAUGUGAUGAUACCCUUUAUUUGUCACUAAGAACGUGACAACUUGGAUUUGCUUACCAUGUGGUUUUGAUGGAAUUAUGAGAAUAGGUAUAAUACCAAUAUCAUGAGGUUAAGAGGAAGAGAGAAUAUAAUCUGUUUAAUGUAUACUGUUGAAAAGAAUGUCAUUUAACUCUUUAUCUCAUUUGGGAGUCAUUUGAUAUAUUCUAAUCAAUUUUAAAGUGAUGUCAUUAGUAGAA